AGUCAGUAAAGCUUUACUUAAAUGAUGCACUGUAAGAACAAUGCCUCAAGGAACUGACAGAAAGCACAGUGAUUUCAUCUUAAAACUAACUUAUGUCAAGGAAGAGCAUGAAUAUGAUUACUAUUAUUUGUUUGCUGUUUAUUUCUGAGAUAACUGCAAACUAUACGCCAAAGCAAGAAUUCGUGCAUUCGGAAUUCUUCAAAAGAUUCGACAAAAAGAUAUCUUUGAUUGAAGCAAGUAAGUUCAAAUUUCCGAAACAAGAGGGAUUCGUGUCAAAAGAAUACCCGGAAUGUUAUCGAAUAAGAUAUACUUCCGGCCCAGACAAAUUUUGUUCCGCGAACGGUGAUGAAAAACACUCAACUUGCCGAGAUAGGAAAUGUACUCAUAUAUCGUACUAUGGUUCGACAAAUUGUAAUCCACAAGUGAAAUUGUUCAAACCUUUCAAACACUACGGUAUUGAGUGCAAGAAGCCAAAUGAAUUUUGUCACGGUGGCGAAAUUAACGAUGGACGAGAUAAUGUCUUGUAUCCAGACCCGCACAGAUCACACGAUUUAAUUGAUGAUUCUUGCGAAUGUCAAACUAUCUGGUGCUUGGAUGAAAUUAUGACAAUUUACGAAAAAGAAGGCAAAUUGUUCGAAGGAAACGUCACAGUGAAGACUCCGUGCAAAUGUGAAUGCAGAAGGAGAUUCAUUAUGAUGGGACCUUAUGGCGGCGGCAAAUAA